AUUAAGCCUAAAUCUAAUGAUGGCCGAAUGGAAUCCUUCUGGAACACAAGAAGCCCACAAAAGUACAUGCAAGAUAAGUUAAUUUGUUUGGGAAAAAGAAAAGUAGGGAGGGGGAUGAAAAUGAGAGGAUUGAGAUUGAGAGAAUAUUAACAUAUUGGAGGAUUGCAAUUGAGAGGAAAGGAAAAUGUUGAAAUAUUAUUAUAAUCUUAUUUCCUUCUUAAUGUUUGGAUGAGGUGAAAAUGAGACGAGGAAGGAAAAAAAAUGGUUUCGGAAAGGCAAAAACUUGAAGAAAAGAAAAGUAGAAAUGCAAAUUAUUAGAUUAAUUAUCUAAAUCGUAAUAUCUUCUAUAUUUACUUUUAUUAUUAAAUUAAACUAUAAUAGUUAUUAAUAAAAUAAAUGUUACUUAAUGAAAAAUAAAAUUAACCUGCAAAGUUUCCAGUGCUAUCAGAAAUGGCUCUGCUGCUCCAGCCACAUGCUUCAAUUUCUUCUAUCUCAUCUUCUUCUUCAACUUUCUUCGCGCAACGCUCGAAGUUCUUGGCCCCAAAACCUCAAAAAAUUCUCUUCAAAAGAGUCACCAGCGACUCUUCAUCACCCUGCAAAGCAUCAUGGCAAGAGCUUGCUGGAGUUCUUGUGUUCUCGGCGAUUCCUUUCACGGCGGUGAAAGCCAUUGCCAAUAGCCCCCUGGGUGAGUCGCUUCAGCGUCGAAUGGAGGAGAAGAAGAAAGUUGCAAUCCAGGAAUCUUCCAAUUUCCAGGCUUUAGCCGCAAAAGCCCGUAAAGAGAGCUUGUGGUAUGGAGAAGAGCGUCCUCGCUGGCUUGGUCCUAUUCCAUAUGACUACCCUGCAUAUCUUACUGGAGAACUACCUGGGGAUUAUGGCUUUGAUGUUGCAGGUCUGAGCAAGGAUUCUGUGGCUUUUCAGAGAUACUUUAAUUUUGAAAUACUUCAUGCUCGUUGGGCUAUGCUUGCUGCCCUUGGUGCUCUGGUUCCAGAAUUACUGGAUAUAUCAGGCGCCUUUCACUUCAUUGAACCUGUCUGGUGGCGAGUUGGCUAUUCAAAGCUUAAGGGAGAUACAUUGGACUACCUUGGCAUCCCUGGACUCCACUUAGCUGGAAGCCAAGGAGUGUUUGUCAUUGCUAUUUGCCAAGCCCUCUUAAUGGUUGGACCAGAAUAUGCAAGAUAUUGCGGGAUUCAGGCAUUGGAGCCUUUGGGAAUUUACUUGCCAGGUGAUAUCAAUUAUCCAGGAGGGGCACUUUUUGAUCCCUUGAGCCUCUCCAGCGAUCCAGUAGCUUUUGAGGAGCUGAAGGUGAAAGAAAUUAAAAAUGGGCGCUUAGCAAUGGUUGCAUGGUUAGGCUUUUAUGCGCAAGCAGCUUUGACUGGUAAAGGUCCAGUUCAGAAUCUUCUCGAGCACAUAUCAGAUCCAUUUCACAACAAUCUGUUUUCUGUGCUCAAGUUGAUGUAAGAUGUUCUUUCUUUUUGUCUUUUUGGUUAUAUGUAAGAUGAUUUUUUUGAGUGUACAGUGAUAUAUUUUAAAAGAGUUCUCAAUAUAGUUGAACGUGACAUGUGACAUGGCA